UCCCUCCUCUUUCCCUUUGCCCUCAGCUCGUCAUCGUAUCCGAGCGAACAAGCGACCGCAGCUGCAGUUUAACACAGAUAGAUAGGAAAAGAGCGAGUUACGGAAGAGAGUGCCAACUCGGGUGUCAUUUCGCGGGUUCCACCAGGAUUCUUCGGUUCUCAAGACAACCCAUUGCGCAAACCUAAAAAAAAGGGUUUGCUCAGUUGGCAAAACGGAAGGGACACGGUUUGGAAACCACCUAAUAAAGACUGAGGAAAUGGGUCACCUGAGAAAACAGGGUGGAGUUUCUUGCUCUUAUCCUUAAAAAAUGGUUUAGAAAAUCUGCACGAAGUAAGCUCGGCCUGGAAGGUGUCCCUGCCAGGAAGAAACAAUCUAAGCAGCUCCUUGAAAAAGUUUGUCACUCACAACAGAGAUGGAUGCCUGGCAAGGAAGCAACAAUGCAACAGAUUUAGCCAUUGGUUUUACCGCUUCAGCAGUAGCCGUUGUCUUAUUUGGAACAAAUUUUGUACCAGUUAAGAAAUUUGACACUGGUGAUGGCAUGUUCUUCCAGUGGAUUCUGUGUGUUGCCAUCUGGAUAGUUGCCUUAAUUGUUAAUCUGAUUCAGAACAGCCCUAGAUUUUGGCCUCUUGCUAUGGUUGGGGGCUUUUUGUGGGCUACAGGUAAUAUAACCGUUGUCCCGAUUUUUAAAACCAUUGGGUUAGGUCUUGGUAUCUUAAUCUGGGCUUCUUUUAACUUGCUAACUGGCUGGGCAAGCUCCAGGUUUGGUUGGUUUGGAAUUGACCCAGAAGUAGUUGCAAAACCAACAUUAAACUACAUUGGAGCUGGACUCUCAGUAUUGAGCACCGUCCUCUUUCUUUUCAUAAAAAGUGAUGUUCAGAAUCCUUCCCCAUCCUCAGAAACCACUCCUUUACUAACAGAACAUUCAAUCAAUUCUUAUGAAUGUCGAGCUGAACAUAGGAACGAUGUAUCAUGGGUGGACAGUUUGUCUCCGUUGGGGAAAAGGAUCAUAGGCUGCUCCCUGGCUGUGACAGCUGGAAUAUUUUAUGGAUCUAGUUUUGUGCCUGUGCUCUACAUUAAGGACCAUGGCAGACGGAAUGGGACAAUGUACACAGGAGCAAGCCAGUUUGAUUUAGAUUAUGUAUUUGCACACUUCAGCGGCAUCCUCCUCACCAGUACAGUUUACUUUCUGAUCUACUGUGCAGUGAAAAAAAAUAAGCCGAACAUUUAUCCUCAAGCUAUCAUCCCAGGAUUUGUAUCUGGUGUAUUGUGGGCCAUUGCCAGUUGCUGCUGGUUCAUCGCCAACCGUUACCUCAGUGCUGUGGUUAGCUUUCCUAUAAUCACUGCAGGCCCUGGCUUUAUAGCUGCAAUGUGGGGAGUUCUGGUGUUUAAGGAAAUAAAGGGACUCAAAAACUAUCUAUUGCUCUUAGCAGCAUUUUGUGUCAUUUUGGCUGGAUCGCUCUCCACAGCUUUUUCUAAAGUCUGAAGAGGCAUCGCUUGAACCAGCAGAUGGCAUCACCGGUUAAUAAAUUCUAAAUCUUCUGGCAGACCA